AGUGCCACCCUGUCGACGAAAAUCUGUCUAAAAUCCAAAUUGCCCGUGUGACUGAACCGAGAGAGCCCUCCAAAAUGAGUUCCAUCAGAUAUUUACUCCCUCCAAUGAUGAGAAAGAGCUUCUCCACGACUUGUACACGUCUCUCCGAGACUCCAACGACCCCUGGAAUAAUCUCCAAGCUGAAGAACAUAUUCUCCGGUGCCUCAGAGAGCAUCAUGAACCAGCAGAGAAGAGCUCUGAAUGUCGAUACAUCAUCCCCGAAAAUCCCCGAAGACGGCCUCAAUAAACCCCAGAAGAGGGAAACAAGUGGGUUGAAGAGGAAAUGGGGGGUCAACAUAACGGACAGCUCCAUUGAGAAGGAACUCCUCGAGGAGCACACACCGAAUUUCGUUCUCAAGCAGAAAUGGGGGGUUAAUCUGUACGAGCCAAUUAAACCAGAGAGAAAAGACCCAAGACAAUGGAUCCCUCAGAUACCCCAACGGGAGAUAAAAUCAUCAGAUCUGACGUCAAUACUGGAGAGACAGUUCAUGGACUCCAUGGAGAAUCAGAAAGUACUGGAGAUGAGGAACGAGAAUCCUCCACCCAUUAUCGAUCCUGGGAUUUCUGUGGUCCUACCACUUGACGAGGUCCUCGAUCCUCUCAAGCCAAGUAAUGAGGAAUUAGAAAUUAAAUCACCAAUUGCGUUUGGAGAGGUUGAGGAGGAGGACGCGGAGACCGAGACACAUCUCAAGCCCGAGGAGACGAGUCUGGAGGACAGUGAAGAGGAUGAAGUUGCUGCUUGGCAGGAAGUGAUGGCCCGGACAAAAUUGAAAUCUGAAGAGUUGGCGAUGAGCGCCAGGAAGACGAGAACUAACCCACAGGACAGACUGGGGGACGAGAGAUUCUCCAUUCUUCCAGAACCCCCAGCACCCAAGCUAGAUGUAGCUGUCAUGCAGCCCCUGGACUCCAAGCUCCAGGAGUUUGUGGCUCCUAACGAUAUUAUACUGGAUGUCAGGAACGUGCUGCAUCGUGUGGACUCCAAGAAAUUUCACACCCUGAGCUUUUUCUUUCUCUGUCUGUCGAUGGAAGAGCGUGAUAGAUCUGACGAUAUCCAGUACCUUCCCAUCAAUAUUUUUGAUAAUGCUGGUGACGCAGAAGAGUUUGAAGAAGGCUUCGAAGAAAAGGAAGAGGAUGCUGAGAGUUCUGAGCCCCUGAAUGCAGUGGAAUUGGAAAAAAACAGUGAAAUCCAGGAUCUUCAGAAGAUCGUCGAGGAGAAAAUCCCGAGGAUGACUGAUAAGGCGAAUGAGCCCAUGAUAAAGGACGUUGAUGAUUACGUCAAGAUUCCUGGGGAUCCCUAUCCCUUCACGAGAGAGUACUUCGAUAAAUGGCAGAUGACUGAUGGGAGUUCCUUCCAUCGUGGCCAUAAACAUGAAUAAUUUUGUACUCUACGAAAUUUUUUGAAGAGAUUCUAUGAUAUUCGUCCUUUUUUUUUACGUCAGAAUUUGAAAUAAAAUUGAAUCAAUAUUGAAAAAUGUCCAGACGCUUUGAUUACGAUGUAAAAACACCAA